UCAUGAAAAAACAAAACCCACUGGCUCUAUUUUCAACUUCUCCACUGCGAUCACUUAGGGUUAAUUGUGUUCGUUUCUUCUCCGUGCCACCGCACCACCUCGCCGACUUAGGGUUAUUUCUGUUGUUUCUUCUCCGUGCUACCGCACCACCACGCCGACGGUGACAGUCCAUAAACCGGUCAGGUUCCCUAACCCGGACGGGCCGGACCGCGUAAAAGAUUUGAUUAAGAAAAAGAUAUAUAUUACAACGACGUUGUUUUGCUCAACAAAAUUUGAACAAAAGUAUCAGCGUUUUCAAUCUGGAAGAAACCCUGGCCGUUGCUCCUCUGUUCACAGUUCACCAGGGUUUAUAAGUGAAGGCCAAAGGGGAGGAAGAUGAAGACAGUUUCUGGACAUUGUGUUUCGGUGAAAGACGUUUCACUUUCCAAAGCAACCAAGAUUUUCUCAAAGUUUGUCUCUGCUGACAACGGUGCUUCACAUGGCAUCAAUGCUUAUCUCCACCGGGCUUCCAUGUCUUUCGACGAGCUCAACCAGCUCCACAAGGAGUUUCACUCAUCACGCUCUCAUAAGAAGAAACACAAAAGCCACAUAACAGAGGCUGCUAAUGAUCAAAGUGGGAGGGUAGUGGAAAAUUCUGUUCAUGGGCAUGUGAAAUCUAAUGAGUUUGGAAGGGAUUGGAGUGCCAGUGAGAAUGUUCUUCGAGAUGAAGUUAAUGGUUCUAUUGGGUAUCCAACGGAAAAUGUGGGUGGGAGUGAGAAGCAUAAGAAGAAGAAGAAGCUGGAAGUUUAUGAUGACAAGCCACUUACUGGGGUGCAUAAUGAAAUUGAGUUGGGCAGGGAACAGGGUAAUGAAGGUGAGGUCAACCAUGGAAUGGAAGAGGGAAAGGAGCAGAAAAGUGCAAAGAAGAAGCACAAGGUAAAUGCUAGUAGUUUUCCUGAUAAGGAUGUGGAAGGUGAGAAUGGAAGAGGACUAGAACAGCAGAAGGAUAUAGAAAAAAAGCUAUGCAAUGGUGUUGAGGGUGAAAAUGGAGGGAUUGGUGGUUCCUCGGACUUAAAAGUUAAGAAGAAAAAGAAAUAUGAGGCAGGGGACGAGAAUAACUUAUAUGCUGAAGAGGUAAAGAUGGAACGCAGCAAGAAAAGGAAAAGUGAUGAUGUUGAAGGGAUACUUGACUAAGAACAGAAUCAACUAAUAAGAAGAGAAUCAAAAGGAAACAGUGGUGAUACUUAAAUUUAGGUGUUUUAUGUAGUUGCUUAAUCCCUUUUCUAAUUUUUAUUGUACAAUUGAUACAUUGUGGGAUCAAUUUUUGAACUAUCACAUGACAUCAGAGAAUUAGCUUUUUGAUUUAUUUAUCCCACUUUUUUCCUUUUUA